UCUAGCUCAAUCUAAACAAAAGCCUGACCUAGGUUCUCUAGCUGCUAUAGCCAUGAGUUGCCGUCUUCAGACCUCAUCUUCCACUUAUGGAAGUGGUUUUGGUGGUGGCUCUUGCCAGUUGGGAGGAGGUCGGGGUAUGUCUAGCUGCUCAACUAGGUUUGUAUCCUCUGGGUCAAUGGGGGGCUAUGGUGGUGGAAUGAGCUGUGGCUUUGGUGGAGGAGCUGGUAGUGGUUUUGGUGGGGGCUUUGGUGGUGGUGCUGGAGGUGGAUAUGGAGGAGGCUUCGGAGGAAGCUUUGGAGGUGCUUUUGGUGGUGGCUUUGACUUGGGUGGUGGAGAUGGUGGGCUCUUGACUGGCAAUGAGAAGAUUACCAUGCAGAACCUCAAUGACCGCCUGGCCUCCUACCUGGACAAAGUACGGGCUCUAGAGGAGGCCAAUGCUGACCUGGAGGUCAAGAUCCGGGACUGGCAUCUAAAGCAAAGCCCUACAAGCCCCGAGCGGGAUUACAGCCCCUAUUUCAAGACCAUUGAUGACCUCCGGGAGAAGAUCAGGACAGCCAAUAUUGACAACUCCCGGGUCAUUCUGGAGAUUGACAAUGCCAGGUUGGCUGCUGAUGACUUCAGGCUCAAGUAUGAGAAUGAACUGGGCCUGCGCCAGAGUGUGGAGGCUGAUAUCAAUGGCCUGCGCAGAGUGCUGGAUGAGCUGACCCUCUCCAAGGCUGACCUGGAGAUGCAGAUUGAGAGCUUGAAUGAGGAGCUGGCCUUCCUCAAGAAGAACCAUGAAGAGGAAAUGAAGGAAUAUAGCAACCAGGUGGUGGGCCAGGUCAACGUGGAGAUGGACGCUACCCCUGGCAUUGACCUGACCCGUACACUGGCUGAAAUGAGAGAGCAGUAUGAGGCCUUGGCAGAGAAGAACCGCAGGGACGCCGAGGCCUGGUUCCAACAGAAGAGUGAAGAGCUGAACAGGGAGGUCACUUCUAACACUGAAAUGAUCCAGACCAGCAAGACCGAGAUCACAGAACUGAGACGCACGCUCCAGGGGCUGGAGAUUGAGCUGCAGUCUCAGUACAGCAUGAAAGCUGGGCUGGAGUCUACUUUGGCAGACACAGAAUGUCGCUACGCUGUGCACUUGCAACAAAUCCAGGGGCUAAUCAGCAGCAUUGAGGCCCAGCUGAGCGAUCUCCGUAGUGAGAUGGAAUGCCAGAACCAAGAAUACAAGAUGCUGCUGGACAUCAAGACACGGCUAGAGCAGGAGAUUGCCACAUACCGCAGCCUGCUGGAGGGCCAGGACUCCAAGAUGACUGGCUUCCCCGCUUCUGGAACAAUCUCUGUCAGCAGCAGCAGCAGCAGCACUAACAUUUCUUCUGGGAGCCGCCGGGUUUCCGACACCAGAAAGCCAUAAAUCUGCCCAGACUUUGGCCCCCUCCUCUCUCCCACAGUCACCACACAUGAGAAGUCAAGAGGAAUGAAACAUCCUAAGUUUCUGACCAGCAAGCACCUGCUCUGCCCACCCAGCUCCCUCCACUCUCUGUCCCUGGUCACUCACCCGAGGAGGGCUAAAGAUGAAGGCUCUAGUCAGCUGCUUCUCCCACCUCAUUGUGGUUGUGUGAUUGUCAUUGUGAUGUUCCUUUUCAGGAAAGGGGAGGGCAUUCUUCCAUCUCUCUCUCUCUCUCUCUCUCUCUCUCUCUCUCUCUUUCUCUCUUUCUCUCUUUCCCUCUCUCUCAUGUCUCAUGAAAUGAAAUAAUUCAAUAAAGUUUUCCCGCUGUUUCUGCAAACGUA